AGGAAGAAAGAGAGAAGAAGAGAAGACGAUCAAACACUCGAUUGAUUACAGCAUUUUUCUGCAUCAACCAACAAGAAUUGACAAUGGGAAUCCGUUGAAUUGGACAAAUCGGUGGGUGCCAUUGUGGAGAAUGGACAGGCAAAAGCGUCGACUCAGGUUGGAGAGGCAUGGCCUCUUGUCCCGAAAGCUUAAGCCAAAGCUCAGAGUUUUCACUUCCAGAAAGGUGUUUAGAUCUCUGCUCAUUGGCCUCGCCCUCAUCGCCAUUAUUCCCCCUAUUUACUUCCAUUUUCGUCUCCGUCGAUUCCAUCAGAUGCAAUCACAGAAAUGUAGUUGGCUGCGCAGUCAUCCUCUGGUUUGUGCUCAUGGUGGUGAUUCAUCGAAGGCCUUUCCCAACACAAUGGCUGCAUACCAAACUGCUCUUGAUUCUCUGGCUGACUGCAUUGAGAUUGAUGUUUCUCGUUCUUCAGAUGGUGUGUUGUUUGCCCUCCAUGACCGGCAGGGAUUUGCAACGGAUAACUGGGAACAACAAUUCUAAAGUUUCACACUUAAGCUCAAAGGAGAUUAAAGAGCUUGAUGCAGUUCAUCAGCUUAAGUCGGAGCAUCAUGAUCUAACUGUUCCAACAGUUGAAGAUGCAUUAAAGUUGAUAUCAGGUUCUGUCCGGCGAGUAAUUCUUGAUGCAAAAGUUGGUUCCCCGCUGUAUGAGAAAGAGUUUGCAAAGGAUCUUCUUUCUAUUGUCUACAAUACGGGCUGUAAGAAUUGCAUUGUAUGGGCUAAAAGUGACAGUUUCUCAAGAGAUGUGAUGAAACUGUCGCCAGAUGUCAUGGUAGGUUACAUUGUCAUGAUAGAUCCUUCAACAGGAACUAGAAUGCAGUUAUUGAGAAUGCGAGGUGCUGCAGUUGUUGGUGUUUACCAUCCUUUAAUUGAUGAGAAUCUCUUGAAAAUCCUCCAUGGGAGGAAUAAAAAGGUUUAUGCAUGGACUGUUGAUGAUGAGGACUCAAUGAAGAAAAUGUUAUUUGAGCGGGUGGAUGCUAUUGUUACAAGCAAUCCAUCUUUACUCCAACGCCUUAUGCAAGAUGUGAGGACACAAUGCCUCGAGGAAGGUUUUUCUUUGUCCACUUGAGGACAAGUUAUAUUUUUCAAAAGAUAGAUAAACCAAACUUCGCGCUCUGCAAGUGAAAUGGGAAAAGUAAACCAAGAAAUGCAAGCGGGAGAGGCUUCAGUUUAACAACUGCAAAAUAUUACUUGUUCAAAUAGUUUGUGUUUAGAAGACAAAAAAAAAAAGUGGAUGGACACAGGACAACACACCAAUCAGCUAAUAUACAGCAUUAAAUGUACUUUGGUUGCAUUAUCAGCUUGACAUGCUGGAGCCAGUGCCACACUUGCCAGCUACGGAUUGGAUGAUGCUGAAAUGUACAAGCUUUAGGAGAGAUUGCCGAUAGCUAUGGUUAAAAGGGCUUCUUGUAAUGGUACUAAUAGGCUAUUAGCAGGCCAGCAAUUUGAAGCUAAAAUGAAAAAGGUUGGGAAUACUAUAAUUUCCUGACAGACGAGGCCUUAGAUCAGCCAGUAUUAUUUUGUGUAGAGGAGAUGAUUGUUGUUGUACUGCUAUGCUCUUUGAGCAACAAAUACCCGUUCUUAUGCAAGAUAUGCCCUUUGCUUUC